UACAACUCAACUCAUAUUUUGAAAAACACCAAAGAAAUAUGAAGGGCGAGCAUAGAAUUAGAAUAUUUUACUCAUAUUUAAUGUAUUGUCCAAUCCAAUUUCUAUAUGUAUAGAAAGUAUAGAAGAAGGGUGUAAUGGUCCAAAAAUGGUGUAAUAAUUUGGAGAGAGGAGAGAGAGAGGAAGGGAUAGCGGUGGAAUAAUGAAAAAAGAUUUGAAAUUGAUGACAGUCUUUUCUUGGGUUUGACCGUUUGUAUUAUCCAAACAAUACAAUACACUUCACUACUUGACAAAGCUGUAACACUCUCUCCUUCCUUUAUUAUAUUUAUUAUUACCAUUUCACAAAUCUCUCCUCAAAACCCUACCAAGCAACCUUUCAAUUCUAAUAUUAUCUCUCCUCCACUCUCCUCUCUCUCUCUCUCUCUACUCUGUCUUGAGAAGAAGAAGAAGAAGAAGAAGAGGAAUCUGAAGUAAAAAACAGAGCUUUGAAGGUUAACAAUGGGAAGGAGUUUAAGUCCAAUUCUAAAGAGAGAGUUGGCAAAUCUUGAUAAAGAUGCUGAUAGUCGUAGAUCAGCAAUGAAAGCCCUCAAAACUUAUGUGAAAGAUUUGGAUUCAAAGGCAAUUCCAUUGUUCCUUGCACAAGUUUCUCAAACUAAAGAAAUCGGUUUGUCUGGUGAAUGCACGAUUUCAUUGUAUGAAGUUCUUGCUCGGGUUCAUGGUGUCAAAAUAGUUCCUUUGAUUGACAGCAUUAUGGCUACCAUUAUCAAGACCUUGACUUCAAGUGCAGGGUCUUUUCCUCUCCAACAAGCAUGCUCUAAGGUGGUUCCAGCUAUUGCUCGAUAUGGAAUUGAUCCAACCACUCCUGAGGACAAGAAGAGGCGCAUUAUUCAUUCGCUUUGCAAGCCUCUUUCGGAUGCCCUUUUGGGAGCUCGAGAGAGUCUCACUUCUGGAGCUGCCCUUUGCUUGAAAGCUCUUGUGGAUUCUGAUAAUUGGCGGUUUGCUUCUAAUGAAAUGGUUAACAAGGUUUGUCAGGUUGUUUCGGGGGCUUUGGAGGACAAGUCUACUCAGACAAAUGCUCACAUGGGUUUGGUUAUGACUUUAGCGAAACGCAAUGCUGCUGUUGUUGAACCUUAUGCUAGACUAUUAAUACAUGCUGGAUUACAGAUAUUGAAAGCAGGAGUUGAUGAGGCGAAUUCCCAAAAGCGUUUGUCAGCGAUUCAAAUGAUUAACUUUUUGAUGAGGUGGUUAGAUCCAUGGAGUAUCUGUUCAGAGCUUGGAUUGAUAAUCGAAGAGAUGGAGAAGUGUCAGUCUGAUCAGAUGGCUUUUGUUAGAGGAGCAGCAUUUGAAGCUUUGCAAACUGCGAGGAGAAUUUCAGCUGAUAAAGCUUCGAAAUUCGAGAAAAGUCCUGCUUCAGUCACAGGUUCAAAUAGUAGAAGAGAACAAAGGAGCUUGUCAACCUCUGAUGAUCAAUCUCCUGCAUCAGAGUCUCCAGAAUCACAGACCCUUGAUUCCUUUGUUGAAUCGUGGGCUGAGUCACCGAAUUCAACAAUCCAAUCAUCUCAGAUGUCUGAUUAUGAUCGUAGGAGUGUGAACCGAAAAUUGUGGAGUUUAGAAAAUGGAGGAGUUGAUGUGUCUCUUAAAGAUGGUCUUUUUUCACAGAUUGCAAGGGAAAGCUCAAUCUCAAAUACAUUGUCUGAGCAUUGUACCGAUCAUGGCUGUGGUAACAAUGGAGAUUCAGAUGAGUUUGCUGGUUUCAUGCAGAGAAAUUCGCGAAUUGGAAUAUCAAGAAGCACAACAAACAGUCCCCUAAGGUCACACAAUUCGAUUAAUGUUGACAGCAUGAUCUUACAAACUCCAAGGAAGCUUGUUCAAUCUCUUCAAGAUCCUGAUCACAUGAACUCAGAUUGUUGUGAUAAACAAGCCAUAAGAAGGCUCAGAAACAGGAGUAUAUCUCUGAGUGAUUUCGAUUGGAGUCCAGCUUCAAGAUUUGACCAAAAUCAUACUUCACAUUCACAAGAUGUAAACUAUGGCCAUAUAGGAAAUGGUGAGGACUUACAAGGGGACACUGAAUCAGUGUCAUCAACUGAUUACAUUGUUGCUAAUGUUGCAGAGCAAGAAUCUGAUAAGUUAUCUCAGGAUUACAAGACCGAAAAUCAAGCUCCAGCUCUAGCUGGAACUCAACCUCAAGUUGAAGCUGUAGCUGAAACUCAAACUCAACUUCAAGCUGAAUAUCAAAUUCAAACUCAGUCUCAGUUCUGUGUUCAGAAAACUCGCCCGAAGUUAUCAUUAAAGUUGGUUUUGGCUCUACCAAUUGUGUUAAUGGCACUAUUUGUUCUGCUGGUUUGGAUUAGAGAGCAGCAGAAUGAAUUUGAUGCACAUUAUCUUGUUCCAACUUAGUAAAACUUUCUUUAAUUAGGAUUAGGAGCAGCAGAUUAUUAAGUUCCAGAUUACAAAAAUCUCUCUCAAGAUUUUUAGUUUAGGAUUAAGAAAAAGGUCUUUGUAUCUUUAAGACACUUCUAUUUAAAUUAUUAAUCAGAAAGUUUAUUGGUAGCUAUCUUUGCUAUGA